ACAAGUUUGCAGGGAAAUAGAGAAUUUUGACAUGAAUCAAAUGGAUUCCACUAUGCCCAUUGAGUGCUCCUGACAAGAAGGAUUUCCAAAACUGAAAGCAAAACCCUCAAACAUUCAUAACUUUCUUGGCUUUCAACAUAUCCGAUUCCCUUCUUGUACUACUCCAUCUUUUUGUUCUUCAGUUUUGCACUUUUGUCAAAUUAGGGUUUUGAAUCUUUUUAUAUGGCUCCAGGAUAUUGAAAUAUUUGGUGGGUGUUCUUAUGGGGGAUCAUUUCGUGUUUUUGGUUGAUCGGUUGCUCACAGAAUCCACGUUGGAGGCUGCAAUCGAAAGCAGAAACCCUUCGAAGCAGUUGGAUCCAUUGGGAAACGCUGAGACAGUUGUCGAUUGUUCUUCUGAUCAUGUUGUCUUCACUCCGAGGAAAUUGGUCGAAUGCAGGAUAUGUCAGGAUGAGGAUUUUGAUUUGAAUAUGGAGACACCUUGUUCUUGCUGUGGCAGCUUGAAGUAUGCUCAUCGCAGAUGUGUUCAAAGAUGGUGUAAUGAGAAGGGUGACACCAUGUGUGAAAUAUGCCACCAGCAAUUCAAGCCAGGGUACACAGCACCAUCCCCCGUCUUCCGGUUAGGGGGUAUUCCGUUGAAUUUGAGGGGGCAUUGGCAGAUUGCGAGGAGGGAUAUGAACAAUAAUCCUCGAUUAAUUGCAGUAGUUUCGCCUGAUCGUAGUUUCCUUAAUCAGGAAUACGACGAAUAUGCUGAUUCCACUUCUAGAAGCGUCUCAUGUUUCCGCUCAGUUGCUGCCAUUUUUGUGGUUCUCUUAUUCUUGCGUCACGCACUUCCUGUUGUCGCGAAUGGAGGAGUGAAUUAUUCUUUUCCGAUGUUUAUGUUAUGGUUUCUACGAACUUCGGCAGUUAUCGUACCAAUCUAUGUCAUAAUGAGAGCCAUGAUGGCUUUGAUGCAUCGGCGACGACAAUUGGUGAGUAAUUCCGUUUUCUUGUUUUUCCAAAUGAUGUCAAUUCUCAUCGUUGAACAACCAGUAAGGUUAACGUUACUUAUUCAUGAGCCGAAGGUCACUGGUUCGAGUCACAGGACCUGGACCGCUUUUUAGCACCGUUGGCAACCAAGUUUCAACAACCAGUUUCCAUUUUUUACAUGCUCUAUUCGUCCCAAAAUAAGUGUUCACAUUUCUAUUUUAGUUUGCCCGAAAAGAACUGUCCACUUUUAGAAGUAAGCGAUUAUUUUCCAAUUCUACCCUUAAUUAUGAGAUGGAGAUUUCGGUUACUCUGUUAUCAAGGGUAAAAUUGUCGUUUAGUUGAUUGAAAAGUGUAAUAGUUACACAUUUCUAGAACUGUGUGCCUUUUUUCAUUGUGGACAUUUAUUUUGGGAUGGAGGUAAGACGGUUCUUAACGGAAUUCAAGAAUUCUUCCUAGAGCCCACCAAUGUGUGAGAUAUACUGGUUUGGUUUUAUCGAAGCAAGUAUUAUCUCAGCCGAUAACCCGGAGAUUUUCAUUUUGGCCCAACACUUUUAGUAAAUUUUGAAGCAAACGUUUGUCCGAUCAUUCAACUAUGGUUGUUUUUGUCAAACUGAUUAAUGAUCUAUUUACGUUUUGGCUUUG